CCCAGGACUCUGGGAUCAUGAUCUGAGCCGAAGGCAGCCGCUUAACGACUGAGCCACCCAGGUGCCCCCAUUUUGAGUUGAUUUUUAUAUAUGAUGUGAGGUAAGGGGUCCAACCUCAUUCUUCUGUACCUGAAUACCCAGUUGACCCUGUAUGGUUGUCAAAGACUAUUUUGUAAUGAAAUACCACCUUUCAACAAACCUCAGUGUAGUCACAUACUUUGAAAACUUCUGAUAUGGUGGAAAGAGAACAUUUUAGAGAAUAGCAAGAAGUCUAGCUUCUGGUCCCACCCUGGUACCUCCUCCCUGUAGGACUUGGAGUUAGCCCACUUUCCUUUUUGGCAUCACAUCUUUCUCAUCUACUGGGUGCGAGAAAGUAUGAGUAGAAGACUCCUAACAGGUUCUGCCAAUUAGUCCUGUGCCUGUGGCCGCUUUGUAUUUGGACGCUGAUUGUGGAGGGGGCUGGGAAGUUUCAACACUUCUCAGCAAAAUGGGCUGCUUUUGCAUCUUGUUACCUGGUGACAAUCUGUGCCAGAUCAGUUGCCCUUUGCACCUGUCAGUCAUGAGUGAGCAUCAGAAUCACCUGGAGGGCUUGUUAAAAUGCAGCGCUACCUUCCACCUCCACCCCUAGAUAGGUGAUUUAUCUGAUUUAAAUGUUCUGGGGUGGGACCUGAUAAUUGGCACUUCUAAUAGCAAUGCUGCUGCUGCUUAUCUGGGCUUUUGAACAUGCUGUUCCCUCUGCCUGGGAACCCCAUCUUCCUGUCUACCUGGCUAAUUCCGACCUGUCCAUCAGAUCUCAGUGUGGCCUCUUGGGAGAAGCCUUCCCUGGGAGUCACCCCAGCUGGACUUACAAGCCCCUUCUCUGAGGCUGUGUCAUGGUAUUUAUCACACUGGAUCAUAAUUGCCAGUUUAUUGUCUGUCUUCCCCACUUGACUGUGAGAUCCUGGAGGUCCCUCUCUGUUUUGCUCUUCAUUGGCUCCCCAGUGUCUAACACAGGGCAUGCCCAAAGCUGGAGCGGCAAGAGAGCUUUGACUUCCAGGAUCGUUUGCACCUGAGAUGGCGAGAGCCAGCAGUAGGAAGGUGGGAACAAAGCUCAGGCCCUCUUCCUUCCAUCUCUUCUGGAUCCAGGCAAAUAAAACCACUUGGGUUCUGUAUCGGUUAUUUAUUGCCACAUUAGUACUGCAUAACAAUCACAAAAUGACCAUAAGUGCUUAUUAUAGCUCAAGGGCUGGGGUUAGCUCUGCUGAUCUUGCCUGGGCUCACUCACGUGUCUGGGCGUCCACUCGGUGGCUGAUCUGGAGCGGCCUCAGCUCAGAUGAUUGAGACACCUGGAGUCUGCACGUGUAGCUUUCACCCUCCUUCUGGGACCUAACCUGGGCAUGUCCUGCUCCAGGGGAUGGCAGGAGGAUUGGAGGCUCUGGUCAUUGGAGAGGUUCACGAGAACAUUACUCUGCACUGUGGCAACGUCUCGGGACCAAGGGGCCCGGUAACCUGGUACCGGAAUGACUCGGAGCCUGUCUUCCUCCUGUCCUCCAAUUCCAGCUUCCCACCGGCUGAACCGCGCUUCUCUCUGGCAGAUGCCAGCUCGCUGCACAUCAAGGCGCUGAGGCCGUGGGAUGAGGGGAACUACACCUGCCGGGAGGUCCUGAACGAGACUCGGUGGUUCCAAGUGUGGCUGCAGGUGGCCAGCGGCCCCUAUGAGGUUGAGGUCAAUAUCUCCAGCACCGGCAGGCUCCCCAAUGGCACCGUCUAUGCAGCCAAGGGCUCCCAGGUGGACUUCAGCUGCAACAGUAGCUCCUGGCCUCCACCAAUGGUUGAAUGGCAGUUUCAGGCCCCAGAAUCCAGCACCGAGCCCUUUGGAAACAACCUGACGGUCAGCAGUUUCACUCUGCUGCUGAUGUCACAAAACCUCCAAGGAAACUACACCUGUUUGGCCACGAAUCUGCGCAGUGGGAGACAGCGAAAGGUGACCACCGAGCUCCUGGUCUACUUCCCCCCUCCAUCAGCCCCUCAGUGCCAAGCAGAGAUGUCACAAGGAUCGCUCACGCUGCAGCUCACCUGUCGCUGGGACGGGGGAUACCCAGACCCGGACUUCCUUUGGAUAGAAGAGCCAGGAGGUGUGGUCGUGGGGACGUCAAAGCCGGGGGUGGAGUUGCUGAACCAGUCCCAGCUGUCAGAUGGCAAGAAGUUCAAGUGUGUUGGGAGCCACAUAGUGGGGCCGGAGUUGGGAGCCAGCUGUGUGGUACAGAUCAGGCGCCCCUCCCUUCUCUCUGAGCCCAUGAAGACUUGCUUCGUGGGGGGCAAUGUGACGCUCACCUGCCAAGUGUCUGGGGCCUACCCCCCUGCCAAGGUCCUGUGGCUGAGGAACCUCACCCAGCCUGAGGUGGUCAUCCGGCCCAAUGGCCGCUAUCUCAUCACGCAGAACGGCCAGAGCUCCACUCUCACCAUCUGCAACUGCUCCCAGGCCCUGGAUGAGGGCUACUACGUCUGUCGGGCUGAGAACCCUGUGGGGGUGCGGGAGGUGGACAUCUGGCUGAGUGUGAAAGAACCUUUAAAUAUCGGGGGAAUUGUGGGAACCAUCGUGAGCCUCCUGCUGCUGGGACUGGCCAUUAUCUCAGGGCUUAUGUUGUAUUACAGCCCUGUGUUCUGCUGGAAAGUAGGAAACACUUUCAGGGGACAAGACAUGGGUGAUGUCAUGGUUUUGGUGGAUUCAGAAGAGGAAGAAGGGGUAGAGGAGGAAGAUGCUGAAGAGGAAGAAGAGGAGGAAGAAGCAAACGAGAGGGAGGAGUCAGCAGAAGAAAUCUGUAAGCAUGGCCGCGUUCACAGAGUGACUGCCCUGGUGAAUGGGAAUGUCGACUGGAUGGGCAAUGGACUCCAAGCUCUGCCAGACGACAGCAGUGAGGAGCAGAGUGACAUCCUUCAAGAAGAAGACAGGCCAGUUUGAAGAAAGAGAACUGUCCUCCAUUAUCCCGUCUUAAAGCUUGAAAAGCUACAUUGAAGAUGAGCUUUUCAUUCUGCUUUGACUUGACUUGCACCCCUGCCUGAGGGCUGAAAAUGGUUUGGGACACUCAGCAAAAAAGAAAAACACACAGAUUUCCUUCCAUUUUUUUUUUUCCUAAAUUGGUUUGAUUUGCUGUUAAGUUUUCUCAUUGAUGUUAAAAUGUGUUGGGAAUGGGCAGCACAUGGGGAGAAAAGGUGCCUUUGGCAUCCGAGGUGCACCCUUCACUGUGACUUCCAGCUUUAUCCAUGUUGACUGAUGCUGAUUUGGAGGGGACAGGAGUGGGGGCGGCACCUGGCCUCCGUGCUCAGUGCUCUCAGUGCACUAUUAGAGGUCCGUGACCAGCUUGCCCCAACACAUAAGGGAAUAGUGUGGGGUGAUAGGGACACAUCCUUUAUCACUGCCCAGCUAAGCUGGAAAACCAGGCUGAAGUCACCUCCCUGGAAAAGGUGAGGAUGUGUCCACUAUUGAUGCGAGUCAGUUGGAGGCAGUUUGGCUCCCAUAUUGGAGUUGCAAACAUGUAGGCUUGAAUGUGGGCCCUGCUCCUUACUGGUUUCCCGGGCUUGGGCACGUUGCUUUCCCUCUCCCGGGCCUCAGUUUCCUCAUCUGUAACAUGGGUGAAAUCCUACCUGCCUUACAGGGUGUGGUGGGGAGGAGAUGAGGUACUUGUGGAUGUGAAAGUGCCCAGCAGGUAUUCAGCAGAUGUUCCUCUCCUCUCCUCUGCCCUCCCGAGCAGAAGAAACUAUGUCCACUGUAAGUUACAAGCUGCUGCCUGGGCCUCUCUUUCUUCCUAGAAUGGUUUCAGAGGAGAGCAUUAUCAGAGCUCUUCUGAUGGUAUUUGCUUCCCUGGAGGUGUAAUUCUUUUCAAAAGAGGUAGGGGCCCCUAAGAGGAAGUGCCUUUCAUUAGAACCUCUCAUUUUGUAGAUCUUCAUAUGCAUACAAAAGCCUCUUAGGUGAUACCCUAGUAGCUUGCAGAUUUUCCCAUUCUCCGCUUUCUCCUGUGGCUUUGAAAGAAGACAGGAGAAAUAUUUUGCAAUGGAGUAUCUGGUAAUAAGUACCCCUAGGGCAGACUAGUUCAUCUGGCCUCAGUUUCUCGAUCUUAGAAAUGGGGAUGGGAAAACUUGUUUCCUUCCGACUUCUUAAGGAGAGUAUGAGGAUGCAUUGAUCAGUAAUGCAAAGUUUUGAAUGAAGUAACAACUGAUGAGUUUAAGCUGCUGUUUCCAGAUCCCUGUACAGUCAGAGACUGUUCGUCUCUGAUUUUGUCCAAAUCUCUUACAUGUCAGAGACCUAAUAAGGGUGCAAAAGAUGUGUGCUAAACAUGAAAAUCUGACUUGAGUUUGCACUCUUUAAUGUUCAUGUCCCACUUAAUGGGCAAGAGCUAGGGCCUAAGGGAGAGUUUCCUUCCUCCAAAUAACAGGGUCUGGGACUCCAGUAAGAUGAGAAGCUGGUUAUCUGCAGCAUUUCCCUGCAGGUGUGAUGGGGAGGGGUCUGUUUCCUUGGACAAAAAGACUAAACUGAGCAAAUCACUAGGAGUGAGCCCAGUCCCCAGCUCAGAGCCCUGUGGAUUGCAGGAGCUGGCUGCAGUUUCCACCCCUCAGGAAUAGGUACAAACUGCGGUUCUAAUAUGCCCGGGCUGUUGCUGCCCCGGACUUCCCGUACUUAGUACUCUGGCCAGUCCAAGUGAGUGUUCCAGAACAGGAGACUUGAGUUGCUUCUAAAGUCACUGAACUCUGAAUCCAUCUCCCUUUAGAAUCUUCCAUGAUUAAAUUCCUGACUUUUGAGAGUUCACUCUGCAGAGGCAACCAUAUUUUUUAAAAAAGAAAAGAAACGGAAAAAAAAAAUCCCUAGCUAGGAACGCAGAGAAUGAUUUGCAAGAUCACUGAGAUGCUUUCAGGAACUUCUCUUGCACACACACCUGAUGAUGGGAUAUCUUUGGGGCAGGGUUUUUCCACUAGCAACUGGGGGCUUCAAGGUCUUGUUGCCAAACACUAUACACCCUAGAUGAGCUGAGCCACGAUUUCUGUCACUCAUACCUGAGCCCUGUGUGCACAUUGAUACAGCUGGGUCAGUUAAGAGCGCAGGUACUGGCAGUCUUUGAGUUUUAAGGAUUGUUAACGAAUUAGGGCUUUCUUUUAUU